AUGGAGGCGAAAAAGGAGCGGAUCGAUCCGUAUGCGGAGAAUGAGCUAUGGGAUUCGAUGAAAGAUAACAAGACUCAAAUCGAGAUCCCGAAACUGAACGAAGAAGGGGAUAUCAACUCGCCACCCACUGACGGAACUCCGUAUUUGAAAGUUGUUUGCAUCUCGGAUACCCAUGAACAACUGCAUAAUGUCACAGUACCAGAUGGAGACGUUCUCAUCCACGCCGGUGAUUUCACUAAUAACGGAAAACGCGCAGAGCUUAUUAAAUUCAACGAAGAGAUGACACGCUUCCCGCAUAAGUACAAAUUAGUCGUUGCCGGAAACCAUGAAUUGGGAUUCGAUCAUGACGAGAAUCAGAGUGAUAGACAGGAUGCUGAUAAAGGAUUGGGAACGGAGGAAGGGUACAAUCUGCUCACAAAUGUCACUUAUCUUCAAGACAAAGAGAUCACGAUCGAAGGAGUCAAAUUCUUCGGUUCAUCCUACCACCCCCUCCGCGGUUUCCCUUUCUAUCGUACUCGUGCCAAGGAGCUUGCAGAGUGUUGGAAAGCUGUUCCAAAUGAUACCGACGUCUUGAUUACUCACACUCCACCACUUGGAUACCUCGAUCAGUUUGGAGAUGAACGUUGGGGAUGCAGAGAUCUAUUGUCCACCGUCGAACGUAUCAAGCCAGCUUAUCACAUCUUCGGGCAUGUUCACGAGAGACACGGAUGCUUGUUCAACGGAGAUACGUAUUUCAUCAAUGCCGCCCAGUGCAACAAAGGAAAUGUGAUUCAAACUCGUCCAUUCGUGUUCUACAUUCCGAAAAAGACAUCAUCGUAG